UGAAAACAUUUAAUAUUAUCAUUUUUAACAAAGUUUUUAUAAAGUUUUAUUUGACUAUUUUUUGUAAAAAUACUAUAUUUGCAAAAUGCCUGGAAUUUUGGAAAAAUUAGAGAAAAAUUAUAAGAAGGGCGAUCCAUUUCCUGACCGUAAGAACACAGACCUACUCCGCAUCUAUAGCUACCAGUCGUGUCCUUUCGCCGAACGGGCACUUCUAGUGUUAGCCGCCAAAGACAUUGAACAUGAGACAAUUAACGUGAAUCUAAAGGACAAACCCGAGUGGCUGUUGGAGAGGAAUCCAUUGGGUUUAGUGCCGGUCAUUGAGUUUGGAGACGACAACAAAGUGCUCUACGAGUCACUCAUUGUUGCCGACUAUUUGGAUGAAGCCUUUCCAGACAAACGACCGCUUCAGGUAAAGGAUCCGUACAUUCGGGCCAACGAUCGGGUGUUUAUCGAGACUUUUGGCCGAAAUUUUGGUAUUUUAUAUAAAGUUUUGAAAGAAGAAAAUAUCGACAAUGUCUGGGAUGACAUCAAAGAGGCGUUCAAUAAAGUGGAACAACAGUUGGCUAAGAGAAAGGGUGACAACAAGUUCUUGUCGGGCACUGAUUUACCCGGACUUACAGAUUAUAUGAUUUGGCCAUUCAUUGAACGAUUAACUCUAUUGUUAGACCUGUCCGGACACAACACGACUGACUACUUGAUCAAAGAGGUUCCCACAUAUCAUGAAUACCGACAGAAUCUGUUAUCUGACCCAACCGUUCAAAAAGUUAGUCUCAGCAGUAAAUUACUGUCAAACUAUUAUAUUUUAUUAUAG